UACAUAAUUUUCUUUUUUCUUUUUUUUCAAUAGGCAACGCAUUUCCAGCAAUGGACAAAUUUUUUGUUUGUCUUUCAAUUUAUUCUUUCCUGCUUGUUGGGGUUUCUCUUGAUGUAUUCUACUGUCCUAUGCAGUCAUUACAAUUCUGCGCUCACAACGACAGUAGUUGGUGCCAUCAAGAAUAUAUCCAUUGCUUACAUUGGAAUGUUGAUAGGUGGAGAUUACAUAUUCUCCAUGUUGAACUUUAUAGGGCUAAAUAUUUGUAUGGCAGGAGGACUGAGAUACUCAUUUUUAACUCUAAGAGGAAACAGCAAGCCUACACAACCUGGGGAUGAAGAGAAUGCACUUCAGCAAACCACAGGUCAAAAGGUGAAGGUUAUAGAAGCUGAUUUCACUAAAAAUUCAGUAUACAAGAACAUUGAGAAAAAUCUUCAAGGCUUGGAUAUUGGUGUUCUGGUUAACAAUGUUGGAAUGCUUCAUAAUCCUCUUCCGUGCCGUUUCCUUAAUGGAUCAGACAUAGAUGAGAGCCUUGUCAACUGCAACAUUAUUUCUGUUACAAAG